AUGAGCAGCAGCCUCUACGACUCCGACGAGGAGUACCGCAUCCACGUCGCCCGCCGCCAGUCGCCCCCCAACGUCCGCUACGUCCAGGGCCCUCCCGUGCGGGGAGUCCAGUAUGGCAGCGGGACCGACUAUCUUCGCUCCGAGCCUCGCGCCACCGCCGUCGCCAGGCCGCCCUCUCGCCCUCGAUCGCCGCCUCGCCUGAGCCGCGAGACCCCUCGUGACAGCCGCGCUGGCCUCGCCGCCGUCGCCUCUGCCUCGACCGGUGCAGCCCGGCCUCCGCCGCCCGCAGCCCCGGCUCCCAUCGUCAUCAACAACCGAAUCUACAAUGAGCAUUCGUCUGACGAAGACAGCGACGGCGGGCCUCGCCGCACCCGCCGCACCGUCUACCGCCGAUCUUCCCGGUCCCGCUCUCGAUCCUCGUCCUCGGCGUCGUCCCGUCGUUCGUCGCACAGGACGCGAGAAGCCUGGGAGGCGGAGCUUGCACGCCGUCAGCUUGAGGAGAUGCGCAUGAGGGAAGAGCGCUCAAAGGACGAGCGUCGGCUCGAGAGGGAAUAUCGCGAUGAAGCUGAGCUCCGUAUUGCAAGGCAGCAGCUGGAAGACAUGAGAAAGCGCGGCCAGGAUGCAGAGGUGGAGAAGCGCAUCGUUAAGGAACUUGAGUACAAGCGCCUCAAGGAGGAAGGGGCUGCUGAGGAAGCCGCUGAGGAAAGGCGGCGCCUCGAGAAGGAAUACCGCGAGCAAGCCGAGCUUCACUAUACCCAGAGGCAGCUCGAGGAGAUGAAGAAGCGCGACGCCGAGAAGGA